ACGUGACUUUGUACUUCAAAUGAUAUCAAAACGAGGCCGCUUUCAUCAUAUUCGCUGACUCCACAAUGGCGAAGAGACGCGCAUGGGAGUGUUGUGACGAGUGAUAAGGAUUUUGCCCAGUGAGGAUUGAAUAUGGAUGGACCACAGGAUGAAGUAGAUGGUCAAGAUCAUGACAGCUCAGUCAGUGAAGACAGAAAUUGUCAAAGUUCUGUAAGCAAGGAGGCAACUGAUGCAACACUCGCUGAGAGUAAAACUGAUGGGAAUCUUGAUCGAUCGAGUAAAAGAAACAUAUUUGAAGCUUUUAAAUGCAUAGAAAAAGAUGAAAAAAUAGAUGGUGUAAAUGAUGAAGAACAUACUGCUGAUAUGGAGUCAAAUGAGGUGAGAAAAGAUGAAACACAUAUCCUGGGAAAUUCCCCAAAAACUAGUGAAGAAACUGUGAGGGACAUUCAAAACCAAGAGGGUCAGCCAUUAGAUUCAGCAUUUGAUAGAGAUACUGAAGAAAAAGAGGCAGAAAAUUCUUUGUCAUCUGAAAAAGCCAUAGGUAUUCAGAACUCAACUUCAUCAGACAAAGUCACAGAAGAACAUGUAGACACUUUGAAAGACAGUGAUUCUGAAAUUAAUCCACCUGAUCAGGACAUGGACCCAGCUUUAAGUGCAGGUGAUAGAACUCUUUGCCAGGGAAGUAAACAAGAUGCAGAAGAAGAUGCAAAGAAAGAAAAGAAUGAUGAUGAAAGUUCCAGUGAUUUGGGGUUGAAUUUCCCUGAAACUGAUGAAAGUUCAACUAACAUGCCUGUCAACGCUUCUGAGAGAGAUGAAGUUGGGGAAAGUGAUGAGAAAUUGGUAACUUCUGAAGAAAAAUCUGUUGAAAUGGUGAAGCAUAACUGUGAGGAGAGGGUUCUUUUGUCAGAGAAUAACAUUGAUGAUGAAAAUAAAGGUGUUCAAGAAAAACAAAUAAACAAUGAAGAGAAAGAGAAUACACACUCAGCAGAAGAAAAAGAAAAGAUGUUAGACCAGACACAACAAGAGGAAGAACAAAAAGUUGAAAAACCAGAAAAUCAGAACACCAAUCUGGAGUUAGAGGGUGAAGAUUCACAGGGUCUUGUUAUAGAUAUUGAAGAAAAUGAUGAAUCAGAAGCCCCCAGAACAGAAAAUAAUGAGUCAGAAGCCCCCAGAACAGAAAAUAAUGAAUCGGAAGCCCCCAGAACAGAAAACAAUGAACCAACUCAGAAAGAAAGAAAUGCCAGUGCAGAAGAAAAUAAUGCAAACAAGGGAACUAUUGAAAUGGCUGGGAAGCUUGAUGAAAAUAACAAAGUCAUAUCUGUUGAUGAAAUUGAAGAGAAGCAAGAAGUUGAUGAGAAAGGCAAAGAUGAAGAAGUUGAUCACAAAGACAAGAAUGAAGAAGUUGAUUACAAAGACAAGAAUGACAGUACUGACACACAGAAAGAGUCCACUGAUGAUGUUGAAGAAAUACAAACACUUUUGCAAGAAUUUGUUAAUUCAUCAAGUAAAUCUAAGGUAUUACCAGACAGUGCCAAAAUUAGCAUGGAGCAAACAGAUACUUUGUCUGAUUCCUCACAAAAGAGAACAACAGAAGAUGCAUGGUCUACUGUUGGACUAGUUAGAUGUCCCCACUGUCUUUUCACUACUGACCAGAAAGACUUGCUCGACACUCAUAUGUCAUCAUGCAAUAAACAGAAAACAAAGAGGGAAGAAAUUCAUCUUAUGUAUUCAACGGAUGGGAAAUAUGGAUGUAAAAAUUGUCUGUUUGUUUCACCACAAAGAAAAAAAUUUGAGGAACAUGUGGCUUUCCAUAUUCUUGCAGACCCAUAUAUCUGCCUUUCAUGCAUGACAACCUAUGAUUCAAAAAGAGAUAUAGAAAAGCAUGUGAAAAAAUCACACUCAAAUAAAAUGGUCAAGUGUGGCCUAAGAGGAUCAAAGAAAAUCAACAAAAUCAUAGAGGAACUUUACACUAAAAAGGAAAUCACCUUUUUAGGAAGACAGCUUAACAAGAAAAUGUUAUUGUCCAUGAUUGAUCAAAAAGAAGAAUCUUCCCAAAUAUCUGUCAAUAAAAAAUCAAUAGCUGUAAGCCAAUUGCCAAAAACCAUUGAGGAAUUAGAAAACAAGAUUACCAAAGAAAGAUCCAAUCCCACAACAAUCCUCUCUGUUCCUAAUGUGUUGAAAGUUAAUCAGCUUCCAAGCAUUACUUCUCGAAAACCAGUUUUGUCUGCAAACACAACUACUUCUGCAAUAUCCAAACCAAAAGCUGUAUCAAUGACCAGUGCAAGUUUUCCAGUGAACGUGAGUUCAGUACCUCAGGCAGUUAUUGCUCAACCAAUGCCAGCAGUUGGAGGACCAGUUUUAUGUAAUGUUGUCAGAAGCCAGCCUCAACCAGUGAUAUUUGUUCCAGUUAAUUCAGUACAAGUUCCAAUUCAUCGACAACUACAGCCAGGAACUGUAAUGACAGGUCCAUACUCACUUCAGUCAGGCAAGGGACAAAUUGGUUCCAGGUUAAUCCCUGUAAGCAGAUCCCAAGUUGGCCAGUUUGUAAAUAUCAGUCCUGUUCCACCAAGUGCUAAUGCUGUUAUAUCAAACAACCAAACACAAAGAUUGAUUGUGGUUCCUAGUACUAAACCCCCAGCUGAAAGUGUUCAACAAGCUAAUAGCUUUGUUCAGUAUAACCAUGGACAAAAAAGUCUUCCAACCAAAUUUGAUAUACCAUCUUGCGAUUCAAAUUCAAACAAGAAGCAAUUGGAUUCCACCUCUGCAGGGUUUAAUGAUGAUUCAGCAUCUUUAAAAUUAUCAAUUAAAGUUGAUGGCAAUUUGAAUAAACCAGAGAAUCAACUGCUGUUCAAAAAAUCAGGAAAUAUGUGCUCAUGUAAAACUUGUGACUUUAAAUCCGAUUUGGAAGAAAACUUCUUGAGACACAUAUGGAUACACAUUCACCCAACUAUGUGUAAGUUGAGAGAACAUUUAGAAUAUAAACCCACCAUAUCAUGCAAGUUGGUGUCUAAAAUUAUGGACGGUUUGAAAUGUGCUGCUGCAGCAGCUGAGGCACAAAGAAAGCUAUCCUCAGAUGCCAAGAAAAUAAUACAGGCCCCAGAACAAAUCGUUCUAAGCUCUGAUGAGGAGGAGGACAGUCAUGCAAAAGAACUUCUUCCAUUUGCAGAACCAACAUCAAGUAUUGACAAUGCUGAUUUAAAUAAUGGUGAAAAUGAUCUUCAAAUUAGAAUAACCAGUACAUUUAGCUUGAGUGAACCUGCAUCCAAUUCAUCAGACAUUGAAAAUGAAGAUGCGGAUAAUAUUGAUCAAACAAUGAAGCAUGCAGAUGACGGAAACAAAAUAUCAGAGAUAACGUCUGAAAAAGAAAUGUUCAGAGAUUUAUCUCCAGACAGAGAAUCAUCAGAUGAAGUAGGUGCAAUUAAAGAUUAUGAAGUAGAAAAGACAAAAACUAUGGACCAUGAUGAUGCAGGCAGAGAAGGAUAUGAGGAUGGAUCAGAUAGAGAUAAAGAGACAACUGAAAGAGAAUCAUGUGAGAAGAACAAAAUGGAAUCAAACCUCUUAGAAGAGAGCUGCAAUUCUUUAGUAAAUGAAAAUCAAAAUCAGACCAUUGUAUCAACCUGUUUAAAAGAUGAACUUGAUAAAGAAGCUAAGACAGAGGAAAACAGGGGAAGUUUUUCAGCUAUGAAAUUUUAUCAAUGUGGAUUUGAGGGCUGUGGAUUUGCAGGAUUAACCUCAACAGACUUUAGAGAACAUACUCUAAACAUGCAUUCAGGGGCUAAAGAAUUCAAAUGUGCACACUGUGGGCACAAAAGCUACACAGAUGAAUGUCAUUUCCGACACAUUUUUUGCCAUGCCAAGAAUCAGUCAGGACUGCUGUUUAAAUGUGGAAAUGGUUGCAAGUAUGCUUCCAAUAUUUUAAAACACUUCAGGGAGCAUUUAGAAAAAGCUCAUUCAACACUGAAGUCUUUUGUGUGUUCCUCAUGCAAGGAAGUAUUCAACAGCAUUGAUGAACUUAUUGGCCAUUGUGAAGCUAAUAAACUUCAGUUUGUCUUGUGUCCCUAUUGUACCACACGAGAUCCAAAUAGAAGAAUCAUCAUGAAGCAUAUUUCUACUAUUCACCCAGGAAAACCCAGGCAAAUUACUGUUACUGCGCAACUUAUCUGUCAAGAAAGGGAAUUAAAUUCUUACAUUGCACCAAAACCAAUUUCUCCAGAACCUAGACCCAUAUCACCAGUGCCAAAUAACGAAGACCACAAGGAGAAAUCACCAAAACCUUUCUCUGAAGAUCAACCCAUAAAAAUUGAAAGAAGAGAAAGUUCAGAUGAAAAUGAAGCAUCAAAACCACAUGAAAGCCAACAAGAUGUAGAAGCUUUUGCCAGUAUGGAUACUGUUGGAGCAAUUGAAGAAAAACAGCCAGUUGAAAAGACGGGGGUAAAAUUAGGAAUUGGAUCAUUGCUACGAUGCAGCAAAUGUUCUUACUUGGCUGGAAGCAGUUCGCUUCUUAGGAGACACAGACUUCAGCACAUCAGACCAAGUGACAGAAGCAGGCCAUUUUGUUGUACAGUAUGCCCAUCUUCAAGUGACUCCAUUGUGAAAUUUGAAAGACAUAUCAAUCUUCAUGAAGGUCAUCAUGAAAUUACCAUUUAUAUGUGUGAGCUGUGUAAUUACCAAACUAAUAUUAGAGAAAAAAUUGGAAACCAUCUGCAAAAGAGCCACAGAGGGGCAAAUUGGCUUCAGGAUUUCAAAACAAGACUGUUUCAGACCACUGUUAAUGUGUAUACUUGUGAAAUAUGUGAAAAUAUUUACAAGUCAAAGAGAGAAUAUGUAGCACAUGUAUCAAGGCACAAGUCAGGAAAAUUAAGGGGUUCAAACGUGGAUGCAUCCAUUGACAAACAUCACUGUGAUUGCUGUUCAUUCAGUUGUGAUGACAUACAUACUUUUAUCCAGCACACAAGUAUUCAUUUGAUGGUGACUAAGUCAUCACCUUCAGGGGAAGUCAAACAAAAACCAAGAUCAGAAUUCACCGGUCCAAGAAAACCAUACUACAUUCCGCCAGGAAAUGUCUUCAAAGAUUUUGUUCGAUGUUGUGAGUGUCCAUUUAAAACCAAAACAAGACUGGAUUUACUUAGACAUGUGAAAAGUCAUCCAAAUUUGGAACCAAAGAUGAAAAAGGCUAUUAGGAAAGAAGCAAAUCCUCAAGAAAGAUCCACAAGAGAAUUAAUAAAAUUUCAAUUUGGAAAACGAAAGAAUGGUUCUGAGAAUGAAACUAAUAAGCGAUUGAGAACAAUGGAUUCCAGUAGUGAGAGUGAUGAAGAUGUUGAUGUUGAAUCUGACUUUGUUGUGCCUAGGAGAAAGCAAGUUGCAGUAAAGUCAACAAGUGGAGCAAGUUUAAAGCAAUCAAAUAUGUUCUUCUUAGGUGGAGAUCUACUGCACAAGAAACUUCAGCCUUGCUUUUCUAAGGAAGAAGAUGAACCUAUGUUUCAGUGUAUUAUGUGCAGCGAUGUUUUUGAAGAUAAAUACACUCUCCACAAGCACAUCCUAGAGCACAUGAAUGUUUCAUUUUACAAGUGCAAUUAUUGUGAACAUGGGGAACUUGAAAAUUCGGCAAUGGUUACACACAUUCAAAAAACACAUCGAAAGCCUAUUCAACACUCGAAGGUGAAGCUAGAGGAUAUUGAAGAUGAAAUAAACAGGGCAAUCCACAGUAUGAAAGCAAAAGAAUAUUGGGGAGAGAAUGAAUCAAUUCCAGAUGAGAAACCUAUUCUAAACAUUCCAAUUAUUUCCCCUCCAGCAAAUCAAGAGUCAGAUGAAUCUGCAAGCAGACAAGAAGCUGAAUCUACAAGUGUUUCUUCUCCAAUUAUUUUGAAACAGCCAGUGUUGAAUGAAAAACCGCCACCAACACCUGACAAGAAUAAACUCCCAGAAUGUAUUAUUUCUUUUGGAAAUAAUUUUAAGUGUAUUGUUUGUAAUCAACAGGCUGUCCAGUCAUACAUCUUGGUCAGGCAUGCAAUGACACAUUGCUCAAGGAAAAGAUUUCUUUGUCCAUACUGUGAUGAGAAAAAAUCGCAUUACAAAUCAGAUAUUUGCAAACACAUACAUAUGAAACAUAGAGGAGAGGAAGUAAGAGUGAUUUAUGACAAGACUGAUGUGGAGUUGGAUGCUCAAUACAUUGCGCCAAACUUGAUGCAACAAAUUAUGGACAGUCCUGAUGAAAAUCCAACAGCUACUUCAGCUGAGGAGGAAGAUAUCAAAGUAGAAAUCAAAUCUGAGGCAGAUACCAAGGAAAUGGAGAGCAAUGACAGAAAAGGGAAAAAAGUUGUGGUAGGAUUUAGAUCAGUUUACAAAUGUUUGCUUUGUAAGCUGACAUUUAAAGGAAAAGGAAAAAUAUAUAAACAUAUGCGUGAAACCAAGUGCAAGAGACCUAUAUGGAGGUGUUCAGUUUGUAAAACAAGAAAAUUUAAAAGUGACAAAGAAAAAGUGAUAAAAGACCAUAUUAAAGAAAAUCAUAAGCUCAAUGGAGAUGCAAAACCUGUUUUGUGUGCUCUUAAUGGCAAGAUUAGAAAACAUACGAUGCCAGUAACUGUCUUGAAACAAGAACAAGAAAUUAAGAAAGUUCAAAAUACAGAGGAACUAGCAAGUGAAGAGACGGUGAAGGAAAAAGAAUCUGAAGAGGCCAUAGCAACAGUCAUAAAAAAGGGAGAUUCAUGGAAAUGUUCAAAAUGCAGUUACACAACAAAUGCAAGAGCUAACUGUGUGCGUCAUACAUAUACACAUGCCUUGUUCAAAAAGUUUGGAUGUCCAGUAUGUUCAUUUAGAGCAAAAUGUAGUCGAAAUGUGAAAAAUCACAUGCAGAAUUGUCAUCCUGGAGAGAGAAUUCGUUUCAAGAUAUACACGGAAACUAGCAAUUCACCAAAGAAAUCUUGCAAUCCUGAUGAAAAGAAACCAAAGGAGAAAGUGAUUUGGACACCCCCACAGCCAGUAUCCUACCAAUGCCAAGAGUGUGGAUUCAUGUCAGAACGGAAAUCUAGUUUAUCUAAACACAUUAAUGCAAAAUGUUUCACUCCUCUCAAAGGAUGUUCCGAGUGCGAUUUUACUAGUAUAAAUGAAGACAACAUUGCAGAGCAUGUGAAAAAUGCACACAAAGCAGCAAAGGUUACUGAUUUACCUUUAAGUGGGAAAAUUUUAACUGUUUUUUCCAAUGAAAAUGAAAAUUUACCAGAAUCAACCAAGAAGGACGAUGAAGAGACUAGGAAGAAGAAAGGUCGCUUCCAUUUAAGAGUGAAAACAUUAAGCAAAUCACCAAUGUCUAAACCUUUGUCAAGUGAAAUGAAAAUGUGGAGUGAAGAAAACGAGCAACAGAGUAUGAACUGUCCAGUUUGUAAUGAACAUUUUUAUGACCUCAGAGCAUUCAGAGACCACUUUGUGAACCAACACAAAGAAAACAAACUUUUAUGUGGUGAAUGUGAGGAGUAUGCAGCACAUCUACCUUCCCUGUUGUUUCGCCAUGCACGUCUCUUUCACAGCCAUACAAAGGUUCAAGAUUUGAAGUUGAAGGCAAUAUCUCAAAAGGCUAUUCAGGAAAAAGGAUUGGAUAAACGUCCAUGCAUUUUGUAUAGAUGUCCAAAAUGUGGAAAAAUAUCAGAGAGGGGCCCGUUAAGAAAACAUAUGUACACCCAUUACAAUUACAAUCCAUAUCAGUGUAACCAUUGUGACAUGAAAUGCAAAAUGCCAAAGAAUAUCAGAGUGCACCUUAGCAAAAUCCACCCUGAUAAAGAUACCACGGAAUUUACAUUCCGCAAAAAUGAGAAGGUUGAAAAAGAGAUAACAAACUUGUUAGAUUUAAACAGAUAUCAAACAUUGACAAGGAAAACAAAAAUGAAUACUUCAAUGUCGAAAAAAGGAGAAUCUACAUCAUCACAACCAAUUCCAAAGCUGAAAAUAAAGAAGGAAGUAUUGGAGAACCAAGAGGAAGAUAUGGAAGAAGAAGAGGGUGAUGAAGAAGGUGAGGAGGAAGAGUCUUCAGAAGAAGAGGAUGAACCAAGAGGAGACUUGAAACACAUGUUCAGCCCUUGUCAUAAUUACAAGGUGGAAUUUGACAACCGAAGACAGAAGACUAUUUACAAGUGUAGCAUAUGUCCAUACCAGAGUACUGUUAACAAAACUAUUGUUACCCAUUUUUACCACCACGUUCCUCAUGUCUUCAAAUGUCCAUACUGUGAUUUUCAGUGCUAUCCCAGAUCAAAGAUUGCAAAUCACAUAGUAAAACUGCAUCCAGGCAAAUCAGUUCAUGUGGUGGAUUUAAGACAAAGGAUGGGAAAUUUUAAGUUUAGAAAUUAUGAAAAAAUUGCAUCUGUAGCUAAGACUAGAAUGAAGGAACAAACUAAACAAUUGAAAAUGAAAUCUGACAAAUCAUCACAAAGUAUCAAAGAAGCCCACGCAACAAACUCACGGAAGAGAAAGGAAAGAGACGAGGAUAGUGGUGGUGCAGGGAAGUUCAAAGACACAGGAAAGCUGAUGUACAACUGUAACUUUUGUGAUCACCGAGCAAGUGGCCUUUAUCACUAUCGGCAACAUUUGGCAACUCAUGAUGGUUUUAUGCAUCUUGUUCCUGGGACUCAGAUAGAGUCAAGAUUAAAAUGUGGCUACUGCUCAUACCUAGCAGUAGAUGAUGAGGAUUUCAAUGCACAUGUGGAUUAUCAUUUUGCCACACGGCCUUUCUCUUGUCCUUAUUGCACAUUUUCCCAGUAUACUGCCAGUGCAAUAACAAAUCAUAUAAAGAGAUCACAUCCAGGAAAAGAAAUAGAUGUUGUCAAAGAGAGUGAUAGUAGUUGUCUCAAUAGCCAAGAAAUGGAAACUAAAGCUAUGUUAGUAAAUAUGGAACCUAAAGUCAAACUCACAGAUAUUUUUGCUAUGAAUCCAGAAGAGUUUGAGAAACUUCUGAAUGAUUUUUCCGUUUGUGUGAUUGACCUAAAUUACAUUCCGGAUGAAAAGUUUCAUGCCGUGUCAAAAACAUUAGGGUUAGAGAAUGAAGAAAAUGAUGAGGAAAAUGCACCCUUAGCUAAAAGGAUGAAGAAAGAACCAGAGUGUGAUGAGGAUAAUGGAAAUGCUAAAUUAGAUGAGUCUGGUGAUUUGGAAACGAUGAUAGCAAGUGGUGAAAUCAAAAUUGAAGAAAAUCAGAAAUAUGAUGAUGUAAGUGACUGUGAAUUAGAUGUUCCUGAUGAUAUAUCUUAUGAAGAUUUGAGUGAUGAUUAAGUAUUGUCAUAUAAUUCUUGAAAGUAUAGAUGUUGCAUCAUGGAUUUUGUACAGUUGCUCACAACGUGAUUUUAUUUUGAUACAGAUAUUAUAUGAAAGAACAAUAUAUGGGUUAGUGUUAUAAAGAACUACCGCUAUUACUGAGAAAUCCAUACAAAUUUCCUGCAAAUCGUGUUUAUUUUAUAUUAAAUUUUGAUUGUGUGCAUUUUAUUUUAUGAAAAUUUGUUAGUGCCUAAAUUGUGUAAUAGAAAAACCGGCUUCUUGUUGGUUACAUCAAGGUCAUGAAAUGAGCAAUUGAUAAACCCCAGCAUGAUUUACUCUUUUAAGUAUUAAUUAAUCUAGAAUUGCUAAAUGCUUGAAAAAUUAAUUUGUUUUAUAUUGUUUAGUGACUUUGUUAUGUAUAGAGAUACAUACAUUUUAUAAGCAACAUGUUUUAUAAUUGUGAUUAGUACUGGUAGUGUUGAGGCAUUUUAAGUAUGUAUAUAGUUAGUGUAUCAAUUCCUAAUUUCUCGAGCUCUGUUUUAUGAAUUUUUAUCAAGAAAUCCCAAAAGCUAAUGAUAACUCUCUUUUUUUCAAUGCAAUUGUACAUCUUGUGUAGAUUGAGAAUCAGUUAUAGAACUAUAAGUUGUAUGGAUUAAAAUGUUGAACCAGAUUAUUCAUUAUUUUGCUGCACAUCAAUAGUGUAUCGCUGUAUGUAUACAAUGUGGACUGGUUGCAUGAAUUCAGAGGCUUUUGUAAUUAUGUUCUGAUACUGUAUGUGCGUAUCUUGAUUUAUUGUAUCAUCAAUAAAU